CGCACCUACACCGAGUACCAUAAUUUUGGGCGGACAGGUUUCCGUGCCCAUUCUUAAACGCCGUCGAUACCCCUAGCUUUUCGCCUCUCUCCUUUCCGCUUCAUGAGUUAUUCCGCCAAUACAGACACAUCGCCAAGCACAAUGGCGACUAAUUCACGACGCAGUCGGCUUUCCGACUACACCAACCUGCCCAACGGCAACCACACCGCGCAACCGGGCCUUGGAAACUCCAUCUUCAACAUGCCACCUGGGGGGCCAUGGAAUAACAAUGCUUCUGUGGGCUUUACGAGCAGUAGGCCAGUCGUCACACCUAGAGGUCUGUCAGCGCGUGGAAUUCUGCUGCGAGCUGGGAACAUCGCCGCUGACGGGUUCACAGAUGCGAUAAAUGGCUUUGCCUCUGCCGGAUUAGGCUCCGCAGCUCUCACGUCCACGGCCGAUCACGACGCGUGGGGUUCUGCGUACUGGAACCCGACCGAUGCCACACAAGCGCGCAAUCUUUCUGGCAACACGUCGCCCCGAAGCAGGUCGGAUGCCUCCGUGCACGACACAAAUUCACGACCUUUGUUGUUCCAUGCUGCCAAAGCCAUGCCCCAGAGAGGUCUGGUCGGGUUAAAGCCCCCGACGACAGCGUCCAUGGAUACCUCAAAAGGCCCCUUCAUGUUUGAUCAUGGCUUCUCGAACUAUGCCGAUGAGGGAGACGGAGAUCAGUUUGCAAACCAAACUUUCGACCACCGAUUCGCCGCACUUUCGAUAGCGAAUCAGCGGCAGGCGCAGGAACCCACGUCCUUGAACGCAGUCGGGAGCGGUCCUUCACGCAAAUCGAUGUCCGGCAUCCCCGAGUCUGAUCUCCCCGCCCAGACGAAUCCCUUCAAGGACUUCGCAUACACCACCCCCACGGCACCCGCAAUUCACUCACAACGACCAUCCCUCGCCGGUUCCUCUCUUUCCGGUCAUCCCAACAUAGGUUUCGAUCAAAAUCUUGGGCGGCAGGUGCAUAUAACGGAGGCCUUCGGCAUGAUGGGCCUCGACAGCACCAACGGGGCGAUGAACGGCUUACAAGAUGAGCUGUCCUUCGGCAACGGGGGGCAAAACUUUCAGUUCAAUCCGGGGUCGCAACCGUGGGACAAUGGACAUGGGUAUCCCAAUGGCUUCGCGAAGGACCCGUACUCGAACGGCACUGGCCUCGAGAAACGAGGCUCAAUAGCCGGUCGGAACUCGCCGGCUGGAAGCACAUACCGCAACGGCGGCAGCUUGAAUAGCCCCAGGAGCUUCACAGGGACCCCGCAACCGAACCCAGAUGGAUGGUCGCGCCCGACAUCACGGGACCCUAUGUUGUCCGCGGAGCUCGCGCGGCGAGGGGUUGCGGACCAGUUCGCCCAUCAAUCGAUAAACCCUUUCUUCUCCGGUGCCUUUUUGCCGCAGAACUAUCAGCAGUUCCCGUCUCUGUACGCCUCGUACAACGACCCGAGGCACAACGCCCACAUGGGAUAUGGCAUCCCUACCCCCUACGGCCUCGCGGCUGCCGGGAUCCCGACUCGUCCAGCCCGUGACCAGGAUCCGGGAAAAAGCCUCCGAAGUCCUGUGCUACAUGACUUCAAGCACAGCCCAAAGUCGAGACGCUGGGAGCUCAAGGACAUUUGGAACCACAUUGUCGAGUUCAGCGGCGACCAGCAGGCUUCUCGCUUUAUCCAGCAGAAGCUCGAGACAGCCAACAGUGAUGAGCGCGACCAAGUAUUUGCGGAGAUCGAGCCGAACGCAGUUCAGCUUAUGAAGGACGUGUUUGGUAACUACGUGAUGCAAAAGCUCUUUGAGUAUGGCGAUCAGGUUCAGAAAAAGGUGCUGGCCAACGCCAUGAAGGGCAAGGUUGUCGACUUGUCAAUGCAGCCGUAUGCCUGCAGAGUUGUUCAAAAGGCCCUUGAACACGUCCUCGUUGAGCAGCAAACCGAGUUGGUAAAAGAACUGGAGUCAGAUCUCAUCAAAGUUGCCAAGGACCAGCACGGAAACCACGUCAUCCAGCAGGCCAUCGUGCUGGUCCCCCGCGAACAUAUCGACUUCAUGAUGGCCGGUCUGAAGGGCCACGUCUACGAGCUUGCUUCCCAUCAGUACGGCUGCCGCGUUGUCCAGAGGGUAUUGGAGCAUGGAACCGAAGUGGACAAGACCGCCAUGAUGCUGGAGCUACACGCCAGCUCCUCGAUGCUAAUCACAGACGUGUACGGUAACUAUGUCAUCCAGCAUGUCCUCGAGAAGGGGAAGCCCGAAGAUCGCGCCAAGAUGAUCGGCGUCGUUACGCCUCAGCUCUUGACGCUCUCGAGGCACAAGAAUGCGUCGAAUGUUGUUGAGAAGUGCAUCCUGCUUGGCACACUUGAAGAGCAGCGGGCCAUCCGGGACCAACUGAUGGGAGACGAUGCAAACAGCCCGCUGUUCCAGUUGAUGAAAGAUCAAUUUGGCAACUACGUCAUCCAAAAACUCGUCAAGGCACUUCAGGGCCAAGACAGGGUGGUGCUGGUCAACAAGCUGGCGUCGCACCUCCAAUCCCUCAGACAAUCCGGCGCGACGAGCAAGCAGAUCGAGGCCAUGGAUCGCUUGGUUGCGGACUCGCAGGCCCCCGUGUCCGCCGCUACCAGUAACAACCCUACGCCAGUGUCGACAGCACCCACAUCACCCGGUCUACACGUCGACGUUAACUCGGCCGCGCCAACCCCUGGCCUGACCAUGGACCCCAACAGCCCUCUGAGCACUCCGUCGAGCAGCCCCCCGGAUCUGAAUGGAGACGCCGCUGAAUCCAUGAACGGCCAUCCAGCCGGAAAGGGAGCUGCACAUAGCCAAUAGUUACCUUACCGGUGGCGAGGUCUUGAUUUGAGCAGGUGGGGGCGCCAAAAUCUCGUUGGGCUCCCAGAAGCCCGCUUCACUUCGUGUUUUCUAC